AUGGUGUUCAGAGCAACCAAAUAUUCUCCCAACAACCCUUCCCUCACUCCAAAAACCAACCAUCAAUCAUCAACCAUCAACUCUAUAUGCCUUGUCACUGGCAACCCCAUGGAGAAAGACGCUGCAAAGGAGCCAAAGAACCCGGAACCAUUUUCUGCAAUCAACAUAUAUGUCGCAACGAAGAAUGUCCCGAACAAAUGCUCAACUACGAUACAUGGUGGUGUGAAAAACACUCCCCCUGCACCCUCAAAUCCUGUCCCCUCCCCCGCUACCACUCCGCCCUCAGCUGCCGUACCCACAAAUGCCACUCCCCCAAAUGCACCUCCCCUCAAUUCCUCCCCUCCAGCUACUGCAGUGGCCACAAGUGCCACAUCGACAAUUGUCUGCGGACACGCACGCGCACGAAUAGAUUUUGCGAUCGGCACGCGUGUGCGAUGGGAGAAUGUUUCAAUUUGA